GUAAUACACAAUGAGUCCUCUCGGGAGGUUCUCUGCAGUGGCGCAAAGCCGUCGGCAGCUAAACAACGUCCUCCGACGAUUCGCAUCCAACGAAGCGCCGUCGUCCGUCGUCGUACCAGGAGUCCGGCCAAUUGAACGAAUCAGAAAUAUUGGUAUUUCUGCUCAUAUUGAUUCGGGAAAGACGACUGUCACAGAAAGAAUCUUGUAUUAUGCCGGAAGAAUCGACUCGAUGCACGAAGUUCGCGGAAAAGACGACGUCGGAGCCACAAUGGAUUUUAUGGAUCUCGAACGACAGCGGGGGAUCACUAUUCAGUCGGCGGCUACCUAUGUGGAUUGGCACGGAACUAAUAUUAAUAUUAUUGAUACACCAGGCCACGUGGAUUUCACAGUUGAAGUCGAGCGGGCUCUUCGUGUUCUCGAUGGAGCCGUACUUGUUCUGUGCGGAGUUGGAGGUGUCCAGUCGCAAACGUUCACUGUUAAUCGUCAACUGGCUCGCUACAAUGUUCCGUUCAUCUGUUUCGUGAAUAAAAUGGAUCGGAAUGGAGCGACUCCUCUGAAAGCUCUAGAUGGCCUCCGGAAUAAAUUGAACCAUAACGCGGCGCUCAUUCAUUUACCAAUUGGGAAAGACUCAAAUUUCAAUGGAAUCGUCGAUUUGGUAGAAGGACACGCGUUGUAUUAUGAGGGUGAAGGUGGACUUAUUGUGAGAAAGGACGAGAUUCCAAAGGAUUUGAGGGUGGAAGCAGAAGAUAGACGUCAGGAGCUCAUUGAGCAUAUUGCCAAUGUUGAUGAGACUCUUGGAGAAAUGUUCUUGAACGAUCAGACGCCAAAUGUUCAACAGAUUCAUGAAGCUAUUAGAAGAACUGUUGUCAAGCGUGCAUUCGUCCCAGUCCUCUCCGGAUCCGCUUUAAAGAACAAAGGAGUUCAAACAAUGAUCAAUUCCGUCGUCAAAUACCUUCCAGAUCCAUCUGAAGUCGUUAACAGAGCCACUGUAAAAACGGAAACCACCGGAGAUGAAAAAGGAAUCAUUCUCUCGCCAAAACGAAACAAUGAUAAGCCAUUCGUCGGGCUUGCCUUCAAGCUGGAAGCAGGAAAGUACGGCCAACUCACCUAUUUCCGAGUCUACCAGGGACAAUUAAGCAAAGGAGACACUGUUUAUGCAUCGAGAGACGGUAGAAAAGUACGUGUGCAGAGAUUGGUUCGGAUGCAUGCUGCUGAUAUGGAAGAGAUCACUACUGCUUAUGCUGGAGAUAUUUGUGCGACUUUUGGACUUGACUGCCAUUCUGGAGAGACUUUUUCGACGGAUCAGAAUCUUGCUCCGCAUUGUGAAUCAAUGCACAUCCCGGAGCCAGUUAUCUCGAUGGCCAUCAAACCAGUAAACCGAAAAGAUGCCGACAAUUUUAUUAAGGCGCUGACGCGAUUCACAAAGGAAGAUCCAACAUUCCGACGAGAAUAUAAUCAAGAAGCGAAGGAAACGAUUGUUUCUGGAAUGGGAGAGCUUCAUUUGGAAAUUUAUGCUCAGCGUAUGAAGAGUGAAUAUAAUUGUCCUGUGGAGCUGGGAAAACCUACAGUUGCAUACAGAGAGUGCUUGGGUAGCCCUUAUAAAUUCCACUUCCGUCACAAAAAACAAACCGGAGGACAGGGACAAUUCGGAGAAAUCGAAGGAGUCAUUGAUCCACUACCAUCUGAUCGCAAUACUGUCGUUGAAUUCUCCGACGAGACAUUCGGAAACAAUAUCCCGAAGAAUCUGUUCCCGGCUCUCAAGAAGGGUCUCGACGCGAUUGUCGCCGAGGGUCCACUUAUCAAGUCUAGAAUCGCUGGAAUUCAUGUUCGGAUCCAAGAUGGUUCAACUCAUGCUGUAGACUCCACGGAAAUCGCUAUGAUCAAUACAAUGCAAAACAUGAUGCGUGAAUCAUUCGAAAAAGCGAAUUGGCUGCUCCUCGAGCCAAUUAUGAAAGUAGAAGCUACAGUUCCAACGGAAUUCCAGGGAAAUGUAGUGACAUCACUCACCCAGAGAAAUGCACUGAUCACCACCACCGAUUCGACGGAAGGAUACGCGACUGUGAUCUGUGAAGCUCCACUGUCGGACAUGUUCGGAUACACUUCAGAGCUACGAUCGUUAACGGAAGGAAAAGGAGAAUUCAGUAUGGAAUAUUCAAGAUAUGCACCUACAACACUGGAAGCUCAAGAUCGAGUACAAGCAGAGUGGAGGCAGUUGCAUGGAAUUGCUGAUCCGAAUGAGAAGGGAAAGAAGAAGAAGAAGUAGAUCUGUUAAUUUAGGGUUUUUUCAUGUUCUGUAGAUUAGUUUUUUUUUACUCUUGUUUUGUUGUUUUCAUUCAUUUGUUAAGAUUUUUAGAUCAUUCAUUAAAUUUUUGCGAGCUUUUGUAUUUUAAUAUGAAAAAUUCAAAAUUC